GCUGGGGCCAGGCCCCGCCUGUCCUCGGCGUUGCCUGCUCAGGCUCUUUGGCUACGGAGGCCCCUCAGGAGAAGACCCGCGAGGCGCGGGCGCGGGGUGGGCGCCGAUGGAGAGCCCUCACGGGACGGACAGAGCCAAGGAGACGCCGCCACCAUGCGUCGUGGUCGCUGGCGUCCACAGCGGCGUUGGCAAGACCUCGGUGGCAGUGGGGCUCAUGGUUGCGCUGCGGCGUCGCGGCCUCCGCGUGCAGCCCUUCAAGGUGGGGCCCGACUUCCUCGACCCCAUGCACCACGCCGCCGCCUGCGAGACGCCCUCUGUGAACCUGGACGGCUGGAUGCUGGGCAGGGCCGGCUGCGAGGCCGCCUUCCGUGAGGCCUGCGGGCGGAGCGGCGCGGACGUGGCCGUGGUGGAGGGCGUCAUGGGCCUGCACGACGGCCUGGACGGCGCGAGCGAGGCGGGCAGCACGGCGGAGGUAGCCAAGUGGCUCGGGGCGCCAGUGCUGCUGGUGGUGGACGCGUGGUGCCUCUCCCGCAGCGCCGCGGCGAUGGUGCUCGGCUACGCGGCCUUCGACCCCGACGUGCCCGUGGCGGGCGUGGUCUUCAACCGGGUGGCGGGCGACUCCCACGCGGAGUGGCUGCGGCAGGCCAUGCGCUUCGCGCCGGCCGUGGCGCACCUGCCGGUGCUGGGGUGCCUGCCGAGGGACGCGGGCGUGGAGGCCUCGGAGCGGCACCUGGGCCUCACGAUGCCGGGCGAGCCUGGCGCGCUGCGGCUGGAGGCGCUCGGCGCCCUAAUCUCGGGCCACAUGGAGGUGGAGGCCCUGCUGCGCCUCGCCAGGGCGCCCUUGCGCCAGGCGUCACGAGGGACGCUUGGCCAGGGCGGCGGGCCCCUCCGCGCCGCCGGGGCGCCGGGAGCCGCAGGGGAGCGGCUGCCACCAGUCCGGGUCGGCGUCGCGAGGGACGAGGCGUUCUGCUUCUACUACGAGGACAACCUGCAGCUGCUCCAGGAGGCAGGGGCAGAGCUGGUGCCGUUCUCGCCACUGGUAGACCCUGCCCUGCCGCCAGACCUGCAGGCGCUCUACUUCGGGGGCGGCUAUCCGGAGCUCCACGGCGCACGGCUCGAAGGCAACGCUGGGUUCCGCGAGUCGGUGCGCGGCUUCUGCGAGGCUGGGGGCCUAUGCUGGGCAGAGUGCGGGGGCUUGAUGUACCUCUCGAGGGCGAUGACCGUGCGCGCGAAGGACGACCCGAGCACCGCGGGCGGCCCCCGUCUCUUUCAGAUGGUUGGCGUUCUUCCUUUCGACGUGGCCAUGACUGACCGCAUGGCGAUGGGCUACUGCACCGCGCGUCCGACACCUGCGCUCGCCGCGCUGCUGCGGCUGCCGCCUGGGACUGAGCUCCGGUGCCAGCAGUACCAUUUCUCGGAGGUGACCUUAGAUGGGCAGCCGGCGGAGCUGGUGGACAGACAAGGCCGCGGCCUGGGGCUGCGCGGUGUGGAGCUGGCCGCUUACCAGGCGCGCAUGGAGCGCCCGGGCGCGGCGUUCGCGCCUGAGGGAGCCAUGUGCCGCUCCACGGUGGCAUCGUAUUGCCACGUCCACUUCAGGGCCGCCCCUGGCCUGGCGGAGGCGAUCGUCGCGGCCGCGCGGCGCCGCCUGGCGGUCGUCUCCCUGUUGCCGAGCGGCACCGAGGCGCUGUGCGCCAUCCCGGGAGCCGUGGGGCGUCUGGUCGCCGUCAGCGCGCACUGCGACUACCCCCCAGAGGUGCUCCAGCUGCACAGGGCCACUCGGAGCCUGGUGGCAGCCGACGGCCGCAGCUCUGUGGAGGUCGAAGCGGAGGUGCAGAGGCUGCUCUCCGAGGGCGUCACCGACUUCCACCCCGUGGACACCGACUGGCUCCGCGCGGCCCGCCCGGGUGUCGUUCUCACGCAGGACGGCUGCCCCACGUGUGACGCGAGCGCCUCGGCCCUCGCCGGCGCGCUCGCCUGUGCGGGCCUUGGGCACCAGAGAGCGCUGGCGGUGGGCGCCACCACCGUCCAGGGGGCCCUGGCGUCGCUGGAGGUGAUCGGCCGUGCCAUCGGAGAGUUCGACGCCGCAGCCUCGGCCAGGCGCGCACUGGAGCGCCGCCUGGACCGCGUGGCCCUGGCUGUGGAGGGCAGGUGCAGGCCGCGGGUGCUGGGCCUGGAGAGCGUCUGCCCCCUGGUCGCCUCGGGGCUGUGGCUGCCAGACAUGCGGUCGCGCGCGGGCGCCGAGGACGCCCUCGGCGACGAGCCGGGCGCGCAGCCUCGGCGACUCCGCUGGGAGGACGUAGCGGGCUGCGCUGCGGACGUGCUCGUGGUGUCCUGCUGUGGUCGGAGUGCGGCCGAGGCGGCGCACGACGUGGAGGCUCACCUUGCGCCCCAGCCAGGUUUCUGGCAGCUGCCGGCAGUUCGGCGAGACCCGCCCAGGGUUUACGUGGUGGACCACGCGCUUUUCUCUCGCCCAGGGCCCCGGCUCGUGGACGGCAUCGAGCAGCUAGCGGAGCUGAUCCAUCCCGGCAGCCAGCCCAGGUCCGCGGCGCGUGGCGCGCUUCGGUUGCGCAGCAAGGCUGAAGGCCAAGGGGCGCGCAUCGAGUGGGAGCUCGUGUGCCCGCGUCUGGUCACAGACUGUGCAGGGGCGAACGUCACCAGCAGUGGGCCUUGGCUCAGAGUCGAGAGCGUGUCGGGUUACGCGCCAGAGAGCGCGGCGCGUGCAGUUCUAAAAGGUCGUGGCGGUGACGAGCUUUUGUUGCCAGAGCUGGCAGGACCUCGGUUCGGUGAUGUCUGGCUAGCCCAGUUCGCGGACGGCGAGACGAGCUGGGAACAGCUGGCGUGCUCAAAGGUCAAUGGUGAGGACGUUCCCACUCCGAGGACUCGACAUGCCGCUGCCAGGUGGGGCGACAUCCUCAUGGUGUUCGGCGGUUGUUCUGCCAGCAGCGGCGUCCCCCUGGCGCAGCUGGAGCUCUUGCACCUGGGGACGCUCUGCUGGACUCACGGGAGCACCACUGGGCAAGAGCCCUCGCCGCGCGCAGACCCCACGUUGGUGGUCGACGAGGCAGGGGGCUGCGCGGUGCUCUUCGGCGGCUGGGACGGCGCCGAGCACUUGGCGGACGUGCAUGCCUUGGACCUGAGAUCCUGGUGCUGGGAGCGCGUGCAGUGCGACGCCGGGCCCAGCCCGCGCGUGCUCCACGCCGCCUGCGCGUGGGCUGGCCAGGGGAUGCUCGUGCACGGCGGCCGCUCGGCCGGCGGGGAGCUCCUGGGAGACCUGUGGCUCCUGGCCUGGGGCGGGCCCGCCGCGCCGUGGGCCUGGGAGCAGCUCUCCGCGGGAGACCCGGCCGUCCUGGGCCCCCGCUGCGCCCACGCGGCCGCGGCGGUCGGGGACGCCCUGCUGGCCGCGGGCGGCGACGAGGGCGGCGGCCCGGGGGCGGGCUGCGGCCUCUUCCUGCUGCGGCCGCGGCGGUGGCUGCCGGCCCCCGCGCUGUGCCGGCCGGCGGCGGGGCACGGCCUGGCGGUCCUGGACAGCGGCGCGCUGGUCUGGGGCGGCAGCGGCGGCGCCGCCGAGGACGUCCGGGAGAGCGCGGAGGCUGGCGACCCCAAGGCGGUGCAGGCGCUGGCGGGCCUGAAGCGCGCAGCGCCCGAGCGGAGGCCGCAGGCCACGUGGGCCAUGCUGCACCGCGUGACCACCUCGCAGGGUCGGCUGCAGUACGUGGACCCGGCGAGCGGCUACCACGUGUUCACGGCGACCUACCUCAGGGGGCGGCCGUGCUGCGGCUUCGGCUGCAGGCACUGUCCGUACGGGCACGAGAACGUGAGAAAGGGGCAGCUGGCGGAGGUCGUCGCAGAUUGGUGA